ACUAUCACAAACCCAAGCCAAAAACCGAAAACCCUCGCAAUUUCCCAAUUCACGCGUUUCUUUCCUUUCAAGACUCUCUCUCUCGCUCUAGUUUUUUCGUUCCGCGACUCAGCCUUUCGAAUCCUCUCACCCAGAGUUAGGGUUUUUAACUCUAUUCGAUCGGCGAUUUCGAAUACUCGGAGGCUCGAAUCGUGUUGGGGGUUUUCCGUUUUGAUUAAAAAAGUUUCCGUUUUUUGUGUUGGGUGAUCAAGGGUUGUUUGAUUUUUUUCUUGCGAUCGAGAAUGGGUGAGGCUUCGGGAGCUGGUUCCGCUGAUUGUUUCAGCCAGAUGAUGUCGUCGAUGCCGGGUUUUCGCUUCCAUCCCACGGAUGAGGAGUUGGUGAUGUACUAUCUGAAGCGGAAGAUUUGUGGGAAGAGGCUGAAGCUCGACGUGAUUCAUGAAACCGAUGUGUAUAAGUGGGAUCCCGAGGAUUUGCCUGGGCAAUCUAUAUUGAAAACGGGAGAUAGGCAAUGGUUCUUUUUCUGUCACAGAGAUAGGAAAUAUCCUAAUGGUGGAAGGUCUAACCGAGCAACCAGACGUGGGUAUUGGAAAGCAACAGGAAAGGAUCGUAACGUGAUAUGCAAUUCUAGGUCAGUUGGAGUGAAAAAGACCCUGGUUUUCUACGCAGGCAGAGCUCCUAGUGGUGAGCGGACUGAUUGGGUUAUGCAUGAAUACACCUUGGAUGAAGAGGAGCUUAAGAGAUGCCAGGGUGUUAAGGACUAUUAUGCACUUUACAAGGUUUACAAGAAAAGUGGACCUGGUCCUAAAAAUGGUGAGCAGUAUGGUGCACCAUUUAAUGAAGAAGAGUGGGCAGAUGAUGACAUAGUAGAUUUUAAUAUUAACUCAGCUGAUCGGGAGGCUCCAAAUGAUGUUGCUGAUAAUGUUAAUGUACCACUGCCUUUUCUUGAUGAUGAAAUCAAUAACAUCAUUAGGGGAAUUUUGGAUGAUGAGCUUGUCCUAGAUCAGCAGCAUGUGAAUGGCUAUCCUGACUUUCCUCAGGUUGUUAGUGAAGAAACACAAAGUACUGUUGUGGAUCAGUUCUCUGAGGAUGUGAUGCUCCCUGAACCAGUCAGAAUCUCACAUCCUAGCUGCCAAUUUUUUGAUGCACAGCCUAGCUUUGACUUCAAUCGGCCAGUUACUUCUCAUCUGCAUGUUUCUGAAACAUCUGAGGUCACUUCUGCUUCCAACAUUAAAACAAAGGAGCUUGACUUUAAUGAGGAUGGCUUCUUGGAAAUUAAUGAUCUCAUUGAUACUGAACCUACAUUGUCAAAUGUUGAAAAUUCUGUGGAGUACCAGCAUUUUGAAGAUGGGUUAAGUGAACUUGAUUUGUUCCAAGAUGCACAGAUGUUUCUUCGUGACUUGGGGCCAAUUAUUCAUGAAACAGAUUCACAUGCAUAUACAAAUGCCCUUGUCAGCAGCAGCAAUAUUGAAUGUCAAAGUUACCAAUUGCUGCCAAAUCCAGAGGAUGCCAAUCAAACUGUUGGUGAAUUCUGGAUGCAUGGUGAAAGUAAUCAGCUAUCAUCCCCAGGUGUUGUAUAUGAAUCUGUUGGCUUUCCUACGGAAGGCAAUAACAAUCAAAGUAGCACUGUGGAAGAUGUUGCUACAAGUAGCUUGUCCUCUGCUCUCUGGGCCUUUGUUGAGUCAAUACCUACUACUCCUGCAUCAGCUGCUGAAAGUGCAUUGGUGAACCGAGCUUUGAAUCGAAUGUCUAGCUUCAGCAGGUUGAAGAUCAAGCACACCAACAUUGCUGCAUCAGGUAAAGACACUGGAACUAUGAAGAGAGCUGGCAGAAAGGGACUUCCAUUCCUUUUCUUCUCUAUUCUUAUUGCUUUAUGUGCUUUUUGUUGGGUUUUUGUUGGAAACUUAAGACUAGUAGGUAGAAGUAUUUCUCCUUGAAUAUAUUUAUGUAAAUCCAAAGUUUUGCUGCUAGGUAUUUUGUCUGGGACCUCCCAGAAUGACUGUUGUCUGGGAUCUCCCAAGAAUUACCAAACAGUGCUGUCCUAACAUAUUCUCAAAAUAAAAAAAAAUCUUUGUGAAUACUGGAGGCAAUAUAAGGUGUAGGGUAAUUCUAAUGAACCUUAAUUCAAGAGAAGGCGCUGUAAAGGAAUUUGCAGGGUGAAUUGCUAACUUGAUUCAUAAAAACUUUAGCAAGUUUUUAUGCUUGUCUAAUCUUAUUUUUGGAUAAGUUUAUUUAGUUUGUUCUUUUUGGCCCCAUGUAAUAUAUUGUUCUUUAUUAACCCGGAGAGCACUUUAUUUUGGAGAUUGAUUGUACAUGGAUAAGAUCUUAUCUUGUGGAAUCUGUCUUUGUAUUUGUAAUGAUCUUUUGUUGGUUGUAA